AUGUUGGAAGACGAGUCCCACGCCGAGGGGGCGGCGGUGGUGGCCGCGGCCGGGGAGGCGCUGCAGGCCCUGUGCCAGGAGCUGAACCUGGACGAGGGGAGCGCGGCCGAAGCCCUGGACGACUUCACCGCCAUCCGGGGCAACUACAGCCUAGAGGGAGAAGUUAUACACUGGUUGGCAUGUUCAUUAUAUGUUGCAUGCCGCAAAAGCAUUAUUCCCACAGUCGGAAAGGGUAUCAUGGAAGGAAAUUGUGUUUCACUUACCAGAAUACUACGUUCAGCUAAAUUAAGUUUAAUACAGUUUUUUAGUAAAAUGAAGAAGUGGAUGGACAUGUCAAACCUGCCACAAGAAUUUCGUGAACGUAUAGAAAGAUUAGAAAGAAAUUUUGAAGUGUCUACUGUAAUUUUCAAGAAAUUUGAGCCAAUUUUUUUAGAUAUAUUUCAAAAUCCAUAUGAAGAGCCACCAAAGUUACCACGAAGCAGAAAGCAGAGGAGGAGUCCUUGCAGUGUUAAGGAUCUCUUUAAUUUCUGUUGGACACUCUUUGUUUAUACUAAGGGUAAUUUUCGUAUGAUUGGAGAUGAUUUAGUAAACUCUUAUCAUUUACUUCUGUGCUGCUUGGAUCUGAUUUUUGCCAAUGCCAUUAUAUGCCCAAAUAGAGGAGACUUGCUAAAUCCGUCAUUUAAAGGAUUGCCAUCUGAUUUUCAUACUGCUGACUUCAGGGCUCCUGAAGAGCCCCCCUGCAUCAUUGCUGUACUGUGUGAACUGCAUGAUGGACUUCUAGUGGAAGCAAAAGGAAUAAAGGAGCACUACUUCAAGCCAUAUAUUUCAAAACUCUUUGACAGGAAGAUUUUAAAAGGAGAAUGCCUCCUGGACUUUUCCAAUUUUACUGAUAAUAGCAAAGCAGUGAACAAGGAGUAUGAAGAAUAUGUUUUAACUGUUGGUGAUUUUGAUGAGAGGAUCUUUUUGGGAGCAGAUGCAGAUGAGGAAAUUGGAACUCCUCGAAAGUUCACUGGUGACACCCCAUUAGGGAAACUGACAGGACAGGCUAAUGUGGAAUGUAACCUUCAACAACACUUUGAAAAAAAAACAUCAUUUGCACCUUCAACCCCCCUAACAGGGCGGCGAUAUUUACGAGAAAAAGAAGCAAUCAUUACUCCUGUUGCGUCAGCCACUCAGAGUGUGAGCCGAUUACAGAGUAUUGUGACUGGGCUGAAAAAUGCACCAAGUGAACAACUUAUAAAUAUUUUUGAAUCUUGUAUGCGUAAUCCUAUGGAAAAUAUUAUGAAAAUAGUGAAAGAAAUAGGAGAGGCUUUCUGUCAACACUAUACUCAAUCAACAGAUGAACAACCAGGAUCUCACAUAGACUUUGCUGUAAACAGACUAAAGCUUGCAGAAAUUUUGUAUUAUAAAAUACUAGAGACUAUAAUGGUUCAGGAAACACGAAGACUUCAUGGAAUGGACAUGUCAGUUCUUUUAGAGCAAGAUAUAUUCCAUCGUUCUUUGAUGGCCUGUUGUUUGGAAAUUGUGCUCUUUGCUUAUAGCUCACCUCGUACUUUUCCCUGGAUUAUUGAAGUUCUCAAUUUGCGGCCAUUUUAUUUUUAUAAGGUUAUUGAGGUGGUGAUCCGCUCAGAGGAGGGACUUUCCAGGGACAUGGUGAAACACCUGAACAGCAUUGAAGAACAGAUUUUGGAGAGUUUAGCAUGGAAUCACAAUUCUGCACUGUGGGAGGCUCUCCAGGCUUCUGCAAACAAAGUUCCUACUUGUGAAGAAGUUAUAUUUCCAAAUAACUUUGAAACAGGAAAUGGGGGAAAUAUACAGGGUCAUCUUCCCAUGAUGCCAAUGUCUCCUCUAAUGCAUCCAAGGGUCAAAGAAGUUCGGACAGACAGUGGAAGUCUUCGAAGGGAUAUGCAACCAUUGUCUCCAAUUUCUGUCCAUGAACGCUACAGUUCUCCUGCCGCAGGGAGUGCUAAGAGAAGACUUUUUGGGGAUGAACCCCCAAAGGAAAUGCUUAUGGACAGGAUCAUAACAGAAGGGAAAAAAUUGAAAAUUGCUCCUUCUUCAAGCAUUACUGCUGAAAAUAUAUCAAUUUCACCUGGGCAAAGUCUUUUAACAAUGGCCACAGCCAUCAUAACGGGGACAACAGGACAUAAAGUUACAAUCCCAUUGCAUGGUAUUGCAAAUGAUGCUGGAGAGAUCACACUGAUACCAAUUUCCAUGAACACAACUCGGGAGUCCAAAGUUGAGAGUCCUGUAUCACUUACUGCUCAGUCAUUAAUUGGUACUUCUCCAAAACAAAGCCAUCUGAAUAAAGCACAAGAGGUACAUCCAACUGGAAUAAGCAGACCAAAGAGAACUGGGUCCUUAGCACUGUUUUAUAGAAAGGUCUAUCAUUUGGCAAGUGUACGCUUACGUGAUUUAUGUUUAAAACUGGAUGUUUCAAAUGAGUUACGAAGGAAAAUAUGGACCUGUUUUGAAUUUACUUUAGUUCACUGCCCUGACCUAAUGAAAGACAGACAUUUGGAUCAGCUCCUCCUUUGUGCCUUUUAUAUCAUGGCAAAGGUAACAAAAGAAGAAAGAACUUUUCAAGAAAUAAUGAAAAGUUAUAGGAAUCAGCCCCAAGCUAAUAGUCAUGUCUAUAGAAGUGUACUAUUGAAAAGUAUCCCACGAGAAAUUGUGGCUUAUAAUAAAAAAGUAAAUGGUGAUUUUGAAAUGACGGAUUGUGAGUUGGAAGAUGUUACAAAAACACCUGAUUGUUCCAGUGCAUCAGUGAGAGAGGAAAGGGGCGAUCUUAUCAAAUUUUACAAUACAGUAUAUGUAGGAAGAGUGAAGUCAUUUGCAUUGAAAUAUGACUUGUCAAAUCAGGACCAUAUGAUGGAAGCUCCACCACUCUCUCCUUUUCCACAUAUUAAGCAACAGCCCGGCUCACCACGCCGAAUUUCCCAGCAGCACUCUGUUUAUGUUUCCCCACACAAGAAUGGGUCAGGCCUUACGCCAAGGACUGCUCUGCUGUAUAAGUUCAACGGCAGCCCUUCUAAGAGUUUAAAAGAUAUCAACAACAUGAUAAGGGAAGGUGAACAGAGAACCAAGAAGCGAGCAAUAGCCAUUGAUGGUGAUGCAGAAUCACCUGCCAAACGCCUCUGUCAAGAAAAUGAUGAUGUUUUACUUAAAAGACUACAAGAUGUUGUCAGUGAAAGAGCAAACCAUUAG